AAAUUUAAAAUUAUUAUUAUUGAUACUUUAGCCAAAACCGCUUUCAUCUGGGCUCUUUUUAAAAGUAUGUGAAACCGAAUUUAAAUAAUUUAAUUUCGUUCGAUAUGCUGAUAUCGCAUUACUUCAGUCAAAAUUUGAUAUUGAAAGCUUCAAUUUUUUUACAUCAAAAAAGCUUUUACGCAAAUCCGCUCACUGUACAAUCCGCAGUAUGCGCUAAAUCCCCUAUAAAGGGAUCUAGUGUAAAAUUCGUUGUUUCAUUCAACAAGCCAAUCCGGGAAAAAAAGAAUCCACUUUACCCGUGCACCAAAUGAAAAAUAAUCCCGGACAAAAUGUCAAAAAAAAAAAUGUCCAGCGCAGUGCAUAUUCCCAAGGGAGAAUGGGCCACUUUGUGUCCCCAUUAGAAAUUAAUCGAUAUGGAUAUUGAACCAAUUUUGAAAAUCUCGCUGGCAUUUCUGGCGUAUGCUAAAUAAAUUAUGGUAUGCUUUAUGUGAAUGGAUUUUUUUUUUAUUUUUUGAAGCUUUGAAUGAUUUUCAUUUUGCAGUUAAUGACUUGAUUGAUUUUGAUUGCUCAAUGGACUUUAUUUUUUGAAUUAAUACCUAGUCAACGUUUUGAUGUGUGUUCGUGCCAUCAUCAGGGCUGAGGGAUUUGAAAUAAAAACGUUUCAUAUGGUGUUUUCAUUAUUUGUCUGUUCGUUGACUGAUAUGGAAU